AUGGCGGUGAUUGCAGCCGCGCUGAUUGCCAGCACCGCCGGCGAUGCGCCCCCGCCUUCAGCGCAGCGACCAGCGAGCACCACCGACCGCGCUGGCGACGCUGCACAUCUUGAUGUGCCUCCUGAAGCAAUGCGAGCCAAGCAGCUCAACAAGCACCGCGCAAUUCAACCCGCGCAUCGGGCUCGGCUCGCAGCUCCCACUGCUGCAGCCGACAUUGAGGAUACUGCUGCUGAUGCUGCUGCUGCUGCUGCUGCUGCUGCUGCCCCAGACAUUCCGGACGAGGCGCAGCUGAUGUAUGCGAGGCUGUUUCGGACAAAACGCGUCGAGCACUUGGACGCCGUUGAGCGGAUGCUGCAAAUGCAACCAAAGCAUCAGAGCAAACUGCUGCCGACGCUCAUCUCCACCGUCUUUGAGGUCUUGGAGAAGUCGAGAGCCACUCUCGAUGGCGUGCAGCCUGGAGACGCGAUUCCGGCCGCCGAUUUGGUCAAACACGAUGCUCUCUCGUCCGUUCUGGAGAAUCUCGUCUUCUUUGCGGACAUGAUGUUGCGAUUUCCAGCGAUUGUUCACCCUUUAGUGGAUUCCAACCAAGUCCGGCUCGAUCUUCUCAUGUGGGCUUUGUUUCUGGGCGAGCAAUCUCCCGUGUACUCUGAAAAUGAUCUCCACGUGUUGGACCUUCUCAAACAAGAAGCAAACAUCAUCCCCAAGGAUGAGAAUUUCGUCAAUCCGUUUGGCAAGCGAGCAAAAAUGAAGGCGGCAGAAGACGCUGCUUAUCAGAAGCGUCUUGAAGCAGAGGCGGCCAAUGCCGAGGCGCGAAAACGCCAGCCAAAGCGACAGACCGACAGCGGGUCGCGACGAAAGGUUCUUCUCAACCGCAUUCCUCGCCGAGGGCAUUUGGAUGAGAACGCCGACUCCUCCUCGUCCCAGGGAGGGAUACACGGGAAGACUGCCAUGCAUGACGAAGAAGACUUGUAG